AUGAAGUUCGUGAAACGUAGUCACAUCUUUAUUCAUUCCAAUAUCAAGUUGAAUAAACAAUUGCGUAGAUCUGUCUGCUUCGAUAUUUGGGCAUAUCUUAUAAUGACGACCAGCGGCAAGCCACUACUACCAUCGUUGCAAAGCAUUUUUCACACGGAAGGACCAAUGCCGGAGCCGUGCUCUUCGCUUUUGAACUCCAUGAGGCCACGAUUCUAUAGCGACAACGGUGUGAUUCGGUUGCCACCGCUGGAGGGCGGCGUGCAAAGGCCGAAAUCUGUAGACAGUGGGUUGAGACACACCAUGGUGAGUCAACCUGCUAAUACGGAGACGAAAGUUGAGCCAUCGACACCAUUAUCGAAAACUAAAUCUGCCACUUCCUCUCUUGGUGCCUCCAGCAGCCUGGGUAAGAGAUGCGACGUUUUGACACCUUUGUCAGCUGCCAGGGCUAUAAUAACACCCUCCGCAAAUGAUAAAAAGAGGGCGUUUGCGUUUAUCACCCAUUCACAGGAGACGUUCCCAAAGAAGGAACCAAAAAUUGAUAACGCGCCAUUAGCACGUCGGAAGAGAAGAAGAACUUCGACACAGGAAUUACGAAUUCUACAGGCAGAAUUUGAUCUGUGUCCCGCCCCUGAUAAACGAAAAAGACAAGAAUUGGCGGACAGAUGUAACAUGUCAGUGAAAGCUAUACAAAUAUGGUUCCAGAAUAGAAGGCAAGCUUCGAAAAAACAGAAGAACUCCGCCAGCAAGUCUACUGCAGCGUCAGCUGAGACUAAAGAAAUGAGCGAAAUGAUAAUUGAGGACAACCUUCAUAUGACACCAUUGGCGAACAAAAUAAUAAAUACCCUAGAAACAGGAAAUUGCCGUGAUUCGACAGUAGAUGAUCUCUCCGUUGUAUUGCCUGAGGAGAAAAUUUCUCCAACGAAGUCAAUCAACAAGUAUACUCCGACAAAAUUAUCGCCGUCGUCUAAGAGAGGACAAGCAUUAACCUUCCACUUGACAUCCGACAAAAAACUUUUAACACCCAUCAAAACCCCUUCGAAUACAAGAGUAAACAGAUUGAUAAAUGGCACUCCUGGAUCUGUAAGCCCAUUUCCUAGAAAAUACUCAAUCACACAGAAUAAUUCGAAACCUAUUCUCGAGCACAAGAAGAUUCCUUUACGAGAAUUGAAUACCAAUACUUUAGUGCAUUAA